GUUCGUUGAUCUCGUUUCGCUUCUGCAGUGAGACUUUACUGUUCAUUUGGAAAAGGUUGCACCUAGCUACAUGUUGUUUUCGAGUCCUUGUUUCGUUUAGAUAAAGUAUUCCAUCGAAGGAUGAGCGAUAACGAUGACAUCGAGGUCGAUAGUGAUGAAGAAUCGCCGAGAUUUAACUCUGGGGCAGACAAACGGGCACAUCACAAUGCUCUGGAACGCAAGCGCAGGGACCACAUCAAAGACAGUUUUCACAGCCUGCGCGAUUCCGUCCCUGCCUUGCAAGGGGAAAAGGUUGGUAAACCUUCGGCAUCUCGAGCUCAGAUCCUAGACAAAGCCACAGAGUACAUCCAGUACAUGAGGCGGAAAAACCACACACACCAGCAGGAUAUUGACGACCUCAAGAGACAGAACGCCUUGUUGGAGCAGCAAGUCCGUGCACUGGAGAAGGUGAAGGGGCUGCAGGGCAGCUACAAUUCAUCGGACGGCAGCCGCUACACCAACGCCAAGGGCAGCACCGUGUCCGCGUUCGACGGCGGCUCUGGGUCCAGCUCCGAGUCCGAGCCUGAGGAGCCGCCCACACGAAAGAAGCUCCGCGCCGAGGCCAGCUAAAGACCCCUCACAUCCAGUGAGUGGAGGAGGAGGAGGAGGGGAUAAAAUGCCCCCUAUUGCUUUCUUCAGCCCCCGUCAAAUCCACCCCAGGCUCUCCACUCCGCUUCCAGCUCUGUCC